CCAGUUGAAUAAGACACUAAGUGUGAUAGGAAAGCAUCCAUCAGGAAAAUGUGUUUAUUGGCACGAAAUAGAGACUGUGGAGCAUGUAUUGCUACAGUGUGGGCAGUAUCAGAGGGAAAGAUAGAGGAUGAGAUUAAGUAUGAGCGAGAAGGAGAUACAGGAAAUUAGUUUAAAGAGUAUAUUGAGUAGAACGUCAUUAGAUAUAGUAUCACAUAUUUUGUUGUCUUUUUAAAGAGAAACUGGGUUGGCAGGUAGAAUUUAGUUUAUCCCUGUCUCUGGCCCACACUCCAGUACGGUAGGUGGCGGUAAUGCAGCAUAACGUUGGAUGCCAACCGCCGAUAAACCCCACCGAAGAAGAAGUCAUAUGACCACCUCAAAUCAGCUGUGAGAAGUUGCACACACAGGUUCUCAUAGUGGUUAAAGGAAACUUUGCCUUCACCAGGCAACACAAACUGCACAGAUGAGGUAGCUAUUGUAUUGGUUGUUGUAAGUAACAUACUACUAACCUCUCACCCGGAGACAUAAGAAUCAAUGUAGAAGGCGCAACCGUUCACACUGAUCAUGGUGCGGUUGAGGAGGACAUGGGCAACGAAACCACCCUCUCCUGGGAAAUAGGAGGCAAGGACUAAAGUGGCCUCCUUCACCUCCUCUGUCUUCAACCUGAUGAAUGCCAUCAUGGGCAGUGGCAUCCUGGACCUUGCCUAUGCAAUGGCCAACACCGGUAUAGUGGACUUCUGCCAUGUCGUCAUACAUGUUCAUCUUGAAAACUGAGCUUCCUGCAGCCAUUGCCAGCUUCCUGAGCCCAGAGACCUCUAGGGGGGCCUGGUAUGAAUAUUGCAGGACGUUGCUGAUUCUGGUGACGUGUGUGGUUCUUCCUCUGGCUCUGCUGACCAAGAUUGGUUUCACCAGAAGCCUCCUCUUCAUGCUCAUCUUCAUAGUUGUGGUUGUGGUCAAGAAAUGGGACAUCCCCUGCCCCCUCCCAAGCAAUGUGACCCUGAGCAUCAACCAGGGUUUACGAACUGCCCUAAUCACACACACCAAAUACUGGAAGUCACAUUGACCUGUAGGCUGUGAGCCUCACUUCAGAUGGCAGGUAGCCU